UCGCUGCGGUGACGUAGCCGGCAGCUGUUUUCCGGUUCCGGUUGGGUACGGCCCGGUUCGGUUCGGCUGCGGAUGGCAGAGUCCGGGCUGAGUGCUGGAAAAGACCGGAACCGGAGCCAGCACGGGGUGGAGCGGGUGAGAUUGUGCUGUCUCACAGCAUGGGGAAGAGACGUUGUGUAUCGACUGCAGAGAACAAGCCAUCUUCAGGCUGUUGUGGAGUGAAGAAACUCAAACUGUGUCCAUCACCUGCAGGCAGUGUUCAGACCCCAGUCCCACAUAACUGCCAGCCCCCUGAAGACAAGACGGUGGGUCCAGGUGCCCUCACCCCACUCUCCCGCCCCAAUGGGACCACAAGCGGCAGGGAGCAGUUGGUGGUGACAGCUGAAAUGGGUUGCUACUGCUUUGAUGUCCUUUAUUGCCACCUGCAUGGCUUCCCACAGCCACGUUUGCCACGUUUUACCAAUGAUCCCUACCCAUUGUUUGUCACAUGGAAGGCAGGACGUGACAAACGCCUACGUGGCUGCAUUGGGACCUUUUCUGCCAUGAAUCUACACUCAGGACUCAGGGAAUACACCUUAACCAGUGCCCUUAAGGACAGCCGCUUCCCUCCUCUAACCCGUGAGGAGCUGCCCAAGCUGUCCUGCUCCGUGUCUCUGCUCACCAACUUUGAGGACGUAAGUGACUUCCUGGACUGGGAGGUUGGAGUUCAUGGGAUCCGGAUUGAGUUCCUAAAUGAGAAGGGGGUAAAACGCACAGCCACCUACCUGCCUGAAGUAGCCAAGGAACAAGACUGGGAUCAGAUUCAGACAGUAGACUCCCUGCUCAGGAAAGGUGGUUUCAAAGCUCCCAUUACUAAUGAGUUUAGAAAAAGCAUCAAGCUAACAAGGUACCGCAGUGAGAAGGUGACAAUCAGUUACAUGGAAUACAUGGCCUCCCGCCAACCCGCACAGCAAAACGGCACUGUGCAUGCACUGCCUCAUUAUACGCAUUACUCCUGACACAGCGCUGCCCCUGCCGCAGCCCUGUCCCCCGCUCGCCGGCAAUGCCUGUGACCUCCUGACAUCUGACUCCUCCUCGGCUCCCUCCUCCUGGUCCAGUUACCUAUACUACUGCACCAUCUUAUGAGCUUCACCAGAGGGGGGAGCAGUGCCCAGAGACUCGCAGACACAUGCAGCCUUACCUCACCCCCGCGCUCUCCAGGGACUUUUGAGUGGGUGGGAGAGCAAAGUGAGAUGCUACGGUCUCCUCCAACCCCUGCAGUGUAAGGGGUCACUCACCCCAGAAAAAGCACUUUUAGGUUUUUACAUUCUGAACUCCUUAUAUUGAUUUUUUUAUAUACGUAUAUUAUAUAUCUUUUUUUUAACCUCAAGAAAAAUCCCAACUUUGUGAAAAGUGCUCCCGUACCUCUAGAGCCUGACUUGAUUGGGGCCACACAGGCUUUGUGUGUUACUUUGCAACAGGAACAGUUCAACUAAACCAGAUCUUGUGCUGUAACUGCAACGCCCUUUGAGAGCUGGAGUAGUGCAGAUUGGUUUGACACCAUUCAGAAAUCCUUAAUGCCAGGACGUCAGUUUCCCUGUGGUAUUAUGAAAUACAGAUUGCUUCUGUAUACACUCUGGAAUUAUACCUAUGUAUGUUAUGUUCCUCAUACAUGUGAUGAUAUAGCAAAGUAAUGUGUAAAACCUCAUACACAAUGGGCCUAAUUCAAGGUUGAUUGCAA